AUGCUGCCAAGCAAUGAGCCAAGCUCGCCCACUUCGACGCACGAGCACGAGGAGGUGUUCAGAGAUGCGCCCAGCAGACUCGACCGAGUAUCGCAAGAAGCCUUGCGCACAGAUCUGACCGACUCGCGCACGCCUGCGCAGAUGCAGGUCAACACGUAUGAUGAUCCUUGGUCCCCCUCGACGAGCAAGACAGUCUUCUCGCCUGAGCUGAACCCGAUGCACGAUACCAAUGCUGCCUCCACGCAAUCCCUUGGGCAAUCUCGAGGUAGCUCACAAACCCUGCUCGAGCUGAGCGAGCCGGAAAAGGGAUACUAUGCUACCGUUGGCGAGGCGCCCGCAAACAAGCCAAGAUCAAGGCGCCCUCUAUGGCUAGCGGCAGCUGCACUGAUUAUGCUGGUCGUGAUACUAGCUGCUGUACUGGGCACUAGGCAUCACGCGUAUUCAGCGAUCCUUGCAAGCUCAGCGAAUACGAUUGGCGCUCCUAGCAGCUCAGGCACGUCUGAUAUCGUCUGGAGCGGUAGCAAUGGCGCGACGGUCACACGCGACGAUGGCACAAAGUUUGUCUAUGCGAAUCCUUUCAAUGGCACCUUCGACGCGGUCCCCUUCAGCAAUACCGCUCGGGCUCAAGCUGAUGUGCCUGCUUUGAACGAGAGAUGGGACUAUUCGGUCAAUAAGAUCACUGGCGUCAAUCUGGGCGGCUGGUUGCUUCUCGAGCCCUUUAUCACUCCGCAUCUCUUUGAGCCUUACGAGAACGACUCGACGCCAGCGAUCGACGAAUGGUCUUUGCUGGGAAAGCUCGGCUCCAGUGCCUCCACCGUCAUGCUAGACCAUUAUAACACAUUCAUCACCGAGCAAGAUUUUGCCGACAUCGCAGCAGCUGGUCUCAAUUGGAUCCGCAUCCCGCUUCCCUUUUGGGCAAUCGAAGUGCAAGGCGAAGAGCCUUUCAUCGAAGGAGUAUCCUGGCUUUACUUCCUCAAAGCCAUCAGCUGGGCCCGCAAGUACGGUCUCCGCAUCAACCUCGAUUUUCACACGAUGCCUGGUUCUCAGAAUGGCUGGAAUCACUCGGGCAAAUAUGGUCAGAUAGGCUUCCUGAAAGGCGUUAUGGGUAUCUCGAACGCCCAACGAGCGCUCAACUAUGUCAGAACGCUCACCGAAUUCAUUUCUCAGCCAGCGUAUGCUAGCGUCAUCCCUAUGUUCUCGUAUCUCAACGAAGCUCGCAUGGACUCUGCCACACAAGGCAACGCACUCAUCGGUGUAACCGAGCUCAAAAGCUAUCACUAUCAAGUCUAUCAGCUCGUGCGAUCGAUCACGGGUACUGGCGAGGGCAGUGGACCGCUACUGGUCAUGCACGACGCUUUUGUUGCAAGCUCAGACUGGGUCGGCUUCUUAUCUGGCGCAGAUCGGCUAGGGCUAGAUCGUCAUCCUUAUCUUGCUUUUUCGAACUUGCAGAACAAUCCUCUACAAUACGAAGCGACCGUGCCGUGUCAACAGUGGGCAGCAGGUCUGACUGCCUCCAACGAAGCCUUUGGCCUGUCGAUCGCAGGCGAAUACUCCCUAGCCAUCAAUGACUGUGGCAAAUGGGUCAACAACGUCGGCUUUGGCUCUCGGCUUGAUGGGACCUACCCCAAUGCGACGGACCCGACUAGCACUUACAUUGCGUCUUGUGACCCAUGGAAUGACUAUACGACCUGGAAUCAAACCACCAAGCAAGGCCUGCAGCUCUUUGCGUUGGCUUCGAUGAGCUCGUUGCAGAACUCGUUCUUCUGGACUUGGAAGGUCUCCAAGUCAAUUGUUACCGGUCUCGUCGGAUCACCGCUGUGGUCGUAUCAGCUCGGCUUGCAGGAAGGCUAUGUGCCCGCUAAUCCCAGGCUAGCGAACGGCUUCUGUGCUUCGUACUUGCCAGCGCAAGGCCAGACGGUGCCAACGAGCAUGGUCUUCUCGGGAACGCUUGCUCCCAGUGCGACUGGUGCCGGCCAAGGCGUCAUCGAUCCCACGCAAGCCGCAAGCUAUGGCGUUUGGCCGCCAACAACACUCGGCACUAUCUCUGCCGCGACUUUAUUACCUACACUGACGCCGACAGGCAAGAUCAUCACACUCGCUGCGGCGACACCAACUGCACGUCCUUCAGGCUCGCCCGUUGCAAGUGUUGGCAAUGGCUGGCUCGACGCGAAAGACGUCGCGGGCUACUAUACCAGCGCGACUGGCUGCACAUAUCCCGACGCUUGGGAUGCCAAUGACCUUGCGGUAAGUGCAGCCUACUGCACAGCCGCGCCGACAGCGCGUUAA